AUGGAUAUCACGAACAUGUUGAAUGGAAAAGGCCCUGCUGCUGUUGCCGCCGCCGCCGAGCGACAACUCCAGCAGCAUAUGGCGCAGGGUGUGAGCUAUAAUCCUCCCCCCCAGCUGCAGCAACAGAUGCCAAUGCUGCCAACAACCUACGUGGAGCGAUCCUUCCAAAACGUUUACAUGCAGCAACAGCAGCAACAGCAGCAACAAAAUAAUCAGCGCGAAGCUGGUGCUGAUGACUCCGGCAGUUCGCGGCAAAACAGCAAUGGAAGUGUAAAAGCUUUUGCAUGCACUACUUGUGGAAAAGGCUUUGCACGGAGGAGUGAUCUUGCUCGUCAUGAACGGAUACAUAGCGGUGACAGGCCCCACGUGUGCCCGGAGAAAGGGUGCAACAAGCCCUUCAUACAGCGAUCUGCUUUAACAGUGCAUAUGCGAGUUCACUCAGGUGAGAAGCCACACAUGUGUGAGCGCUGCGGCAAACCUUUCAGCGAUUCGAGCUCUCUGGCCCGACAUCGUCGCAUACACUCUGGGAAACGACCAUACAAAUGCCCCUUCGCAGAUUGCCAGAAGACCUUUACCCGUCGCACUACUCUAACCCGUCACCAAAACCAACAUUCUGGCACAGUGGAAGAGGCAGCUGCCGCGACUGCAGCGGCCCUUGCUUCUCGCAAUCCUGGACAGCACAGCCGAGCCGACUCCGAAGUUGGGAGUUUCUCUGACACCGCAUCCAUGGCUUCUGGAAUGACAAGAACACCUUCUCCCAGCGAACGGAAUUUGCCCUUGUCGCCCUUGAGCGACGUCCCUCACAUGCCCUAUCUCAACCGCCAAACAAGCAACACAUCCUACAACUCUAACUACAACUCUAACGAUUACCUACCCCCUCACAUGCGAGCCGGACUCCAACAACCCAGCCCUCGCUCCUCUCCAUCCGCAAGCUCGCCAACCCUCUCGGCCUACGGUGGCAAACACCACCGUCCAUCCCUGACCUCUCAUCCCAUGCUUCCUGUACUCGAACCUCCUACUUUCCACGACCUUCGUCAACCUAGCAGCGGGAAUGUCAGCCCACAUAUGAGCGGCAGCUCCGGAUGGCAGAGCCCAGCACAUCCGAGUGGUUUGCCGAGUCCAGGGCACAACGAUGGAUUUGGGUAUCAUGACCCACCGUAUGCAUUUCCUCAGCACAUGAUGUCGAACAUGAGGAGGCCGCAGAGCACGGAGCCUGACCAUUACGAAUUGAGGCCACGACUGCCGAGCAAUGCUGGUGGGUGGGCGACUAAUAUGGGAUGA